UGAAAAUCACGCGGUAUACGAUUUUGUUCAUAUUCGCAAACAUUCUUUCCAUUUCAACAGUGCUGAAUAAUUGGUUUUAGUGAGUCAUUAUAUAUUUGAGGUCGGUGAAGGGUGAUAGUGUUAGAAGUCGUUCGGAAGCCCUCGUCAGCUGCGGCCGCCAAUCCCGUUGUCGAGUUGGAUCGACCUCGAGACCCUUGUUAGACCUGUAUAUCCUCUUCCGUAAUAAGCUUCUCGACCUUUACCAAACUACCAUAACAAUUUUCCACUCAAUCUAUCCACGCUUACUUACUCCCUCGAGUACACUGUUGCAAUACCGACACUUCGACGCGACGUCCCGCAUUUCGCUGGCAUACAUUAUCGCGUCAGGCAUAAUAACUUGUGUUAUAUUAUUUCUCUUUUGUCCCUUUACUAGUCUGACACGAUCAAAAAAAUAUCCCAGCGCCCUUGCUCAAGGCAGCCAACCAUGGCUCCACGCGAAAAAAGCCAGCUGAAGAGAGGAAGGGAAUCUCCUCCCUCUAAGCAUGAUAAUGACCUUGCGAAGAAACCUCGCCGAUCCGGUCGAUUGUCGCAAAAAGCUGACAAUGCCGAACAACUGAAAACCCCUGUCGUCGCCAAUAAACAGAACCUACCAUCACCAGUCACUUACCAAACCGACAGCGACGGUAUAUAUAAAGAGCCGACAGCUGAACCUCCAGAUGGACGACCCAGUCAAGUGACACAUCGUACUCCGGAAGAUACCUUUUCUCAAGCACAAGCCUUCUCGUCUCCGUUACAAGACACUCAGGCAUUUCCAACAUCCCAAUACGUCGACGGCAACGCUGCUCUGUCCGACGAUGUUGAGGACGAAGAGAAAGAGGGAGUAUGGGGGUAUCUCUUCCCACUCAACACUGCAUAUGGAGGAAGGUGUGUGGUCUUGAGAAAACGGUCUACUUGUCCAAAGUCAGACGACGUCGCAAGCGCAUUACCCAAAAAGCUGGCAGGUGGUACUGCACUAAAACAGGAAGAAAGCUUCGAAAAGAGUAAAGUUAAAGGCGUCUCAUCAGGCGGAUAUCUGAUUGGACGGCAUCCCGAGUGCGACGUUAUCGUGGACGAUCCGAUGGUUUCCAACCGUCACUGCUUAAUAUUCACCGAGAACAACAGCGAUGACACAAUAGCAAUAAUUGAAGACUUAUCCAGCAAUGGAACUUUUGUGAAUGAGGCUAUCGUUGGGAGGAAUCAACGUCGUGAGUUGCAAGAGCAAGACGAGAUUGCAGUUAUGGACAAAGCUCGAUUUAUCUUCCGCUAUCCACGAAGCCGAUCUUCCAGCGCCUUCCUCCAACAGUAUACCCUACUCGACCGCCUAGGCAAAGGCCACUUUGCGGAAGUAUACCUAUGCGUGGAGAAGUCUACUGGCCUACGCUAUGCUGUCAAGAUAUUUACCAAGAACCCCGGCAUGGAUGAAAAAUCUAAGACAGAUGGGCUACAACAGGAGAUCGCAGUGCUGAUGGGGGUCAGCCAUCCUAACGUGUUGUGUCUGAAAGACACCUUCAAUGAGAAGAAUGCCGUCUACUUAGUUUUGGAACUUGCACCAGAGGGCGAACUAUUCAACCACAUCGUUCUAAAGCAGAAGUUGACUGAGGCGGAAACGAGGAAAUUGUUCAUCCAGUUGUUCCAGGGUAUCAAAUAUCUGCAUGACCGAAAUAUUGUUCACCGAGACGUCAAGCCUGAAAAUAUCUUGCUAACCGACAAGGAGCUUCACGUCAAGCUCGCUGAUUUCGGACUCGCUAAAAUCAUCGGGGAGGAGUCAUUCACAACUACUCUAUGCGGCACACCUAGCUAUGUUGCUCCAGAGAUCUUGGCAGAAGUAAAACACAGGAAAUAUACUAAGGCCGUCGAUAUUUGGUCACUAGGAGUGGUGUUGUACAUCUGUCUAUGCGGGUUUCCACCUUUCUCGGAUGAGCUAUGCAGCCGUGAUUUCCCUUAUACGCUUUCGCAGCAGAUUAAGAGUGGCCGAUUUGAUUACCCUUCCCCUUAUUGGGAUUCAGUGGGAGACCCAGCAUUGGAUCUCAUUGAUCGAAUGUUGGUUGUCGAACCAGAAAAACGCUUCACGAUUGACCAAUGCCUUACACAUCCAUGGAUAACUGAGAAGACGCUAGGUGUAAAUGAUAGUACGGAUGGCCUAGUGGCGGGGAUUGGGGGCCUCGAGGUGCAGCGAAGGGGCGCGGUCCGUGAGCGAACACUGCUCAGCUCUAUCAACUCGGUGCAAGUCGCCAAUAAAGUCCCCGUCAGCCCGGAUGCAAAGAAGGGUCAGGUCAAGGUGUUCAAUAAGAACCCGACAGCGGGCAAAAACAAGGAAACACCAGCAGAACCUCGUCCUGCGGAUCAGAGAGGUGCAGAAGAGUUCAUGGAAAUGGGUGGCAAAGGCGAUCAACAGUUAUUUGCUAACGACGAAGCAAGCUUUUACUCUAAGCCUGAAGCUACAGCAGCAAAGGGGAACAAGGCAAAGGGGAAAGGUAAAGGAAAGGCCGGCGGAAGAUGAUUUGACAUGAUGCGACAUGGGAUGGAUGAGAUUGUGGAGAAAUAUCAUUGUUCAACGUGUCGAGAAGAUCUAUUGGGCGUUUAUCGCAUGGGGUAGCAUAUGGCGGUCGCAUGAGGUUAUGAGCUCUCAUACUUAGUCAUAUGUAUUGUCAGCUUCAAGAGGUCGAGUAGGGUUCUCUUCGUUCCGCCUGCAAAGAUGGGUUGAUUUAUAUUUGUGGGUGCAUCAAGCCGGCGUCUCUAUAGUGGAGGUUUAUUUCGGACUUCAAAAGGGGAGAGGGGGUUUCUCAUAAUUCGCAUUAUUCCAUACCGUACCAAUUAGGUACCGAUUAUAAUAUACGUUGCUCUAUCCAAGAGCCUUAGGAGUUAAUAAUUAAGGAUACAUACAUUUUAAA